AUGGAUUUCGAACUCCCUGAGAGUUCUCACAGUCAAUCGGCACUGGAAUUCAUCGGAUUCAAUCCGUCCAUGGCAAAGACGAUCUAUGAGAGAUGGCUUCAACGUCCCGACGCAGAUCAAAACCCCGAUGAUCUAAUUGACUAUGUCAUGGGACAUAUCCUCAUGAUGAAAAGCAACCAGUACGCCGAAUAUUCAGCCAGGGAUGUCAUGGAAGUUGUCGGCCUCAAGCAGGACAUGCAGGACGCUCUCACCGACCCGCGUUUUCAAGCAAUAUUCGAGACUCAAACACUACACUUCUGGGUCAGAGAUAUUCUUGCUACCAACUAUGCAACAUUGAUCCGACUUCAACAGCGCCUGAAGAACCAUGCGAAGCGAGGUAGUGUGCACGACAUCUUCCAGCCAGCCGCACCCACGGUUCCCGAGGUUACGGCCACCGUCAAUGUGACCCCCGAAGACCAUCUUCUACCGACAGCAUUCAUCGCCAUCGCUGAAGAAGGUCCUGUGUUGCCUGACCAUGUUGUCCUGUAUAAAGGAAAGGCGGCUCAAGAGAUGAGAGUGGCUGACCAGAUGUCGGUGGCCGGACAAUUUAUCGAGGAUGAUGGAGAGAUAGACAUGCACGUUAUCUCCUCAUAUCCAGGUGGGGACUUCAACUCGCGCCAUAUGGCUUGGUAUUUCACCCCGGAGAAAGAGGUGGCUGAAGAGUAUAGGAAAUGGGCAGCAAGAAGAUCUCCUAACUCGGAGACUUUGUUGAUUCGAAUCCAGAUACCGCUCUCAUUCGUCAACUCCCUGAGCGUGACCGAUCUUUGCUUCUCUCCAGAUUGGAAAGAAUACGUUUGGUGUUGCAAGAGACAAUCAGGGCCGCCCGCGAAAUUUGAGUCCCUUUAUAUGGGAACGACGGACGUGGUUAAGGGACAUAUCUGCACUGGUGUCAACAAAGUGCAUAGAAUCAAGAAGGAAGCAGUGCAGAAAAAGAUCACCGAGGACUUCGUCAUGCAUGUCCCAUCGACUGGGGCGAAAGCGACACAAUGGGCAUUCAUGAACCCUUCUUCUGUUGAUAGAUUGGGUGAAGAAAUCCGGGGCAAAGUACACAUCGACAUCUUUGCGUCACAACUGGCUCAAGAGCAGCAGAUUUCGGGCCCAGAGAAGUAG